AUGGCGACAGCCAUGUACAACGGUAAUGGCUCUUCCUUUGCCACUACGCCCACUACGCCUGCAGGUCCAGAGGGCAGUGGAAGCAAUGGAAGAGCAGGAGGCGCGGGGGACAGGUCUGGCAGCAUGAUGGGAAGGAGACUCACGGCUGCUAGUCUGAGCAACAGAAAUACCAACAGGUACAGCGUGACUGCUCUGUACAGCAUGGCUGCUGAGCAGGAUGUCGAAGUGGAAGACGAUCUGGCUAGAGGUGAGUCAUUCGCGCUUGGAAGUCGUUUUGUGUCCGCGUCCGUGUCGUGAUGGGUCACGUCAUGCUCUGCCUGCCGAGUCGAGCAAAGUGGCAAUUCUUCGUGUCCGCCACAAUUGACAGGCUCUUCGGCGAGAAGGUUCGGUCGUGGUCAGAUCAUUGGCGUGCAAUUGGCUACAAUCGUCCUCGGAGCGAUGGCGUGGGAGCCCGCAUACGCGUACUGAUUCACUCUUGCCUCAUCCUUGACACGCAGCUCAAAAACGAUUAAGAGAGCUCAAAGGCCGCAUCUCUGCACAGAGCAAGAAGAAUUUCGUCCUCGAGCGGGAUGUCAGAUAUUUGGACAGCCGGAUCGCACUGUUGAUUCAGAAUAGGAUGGCGCUAGAUGAGGUGAGUGAGAUUGUGUCGGCGACUCCGUUUUGUGAGCGCUCAAGGCUUACUGGCAGGACCUCGGUGACCCUUAGCAAUCGGAGGUGGCCUCGACGCUCGAAGACAAUGAGUCGUCAAUGGGCACGACGUUGGAUGAUCGCAAGACGCAGCAGUAUGGCAAUUUGUUCUUCUUGCUACAAUCUGAGCCUAGACACGUUGCCGCGCUCUGUAGAUUGGUCAGCUUGGCCGAGAUCGACACUCUGCUACAGACAGUCAUGUUCACGCUUUACGGAAAUCAAUACGAAAGCAGGGAAGAGCACCUGCUUUUGACCAUGUUCCAGGUGAGUUCGGGGUUCCAAGUGCUGCGCCUGUCUGGUCACAUAGCGCAGGCUGAUGUCUGCUCGUGGCGCUCCUUUCUUUGCAUCUAGUCCGUGCUGUCGGCUCAAUUCGAGACAGCCACAGACUUCGGCUCUUUGCUGCGAGCAAACACACCGGUGUCUCGUAUGAUGACCACCUACACCAGGAGAGGCCCUGGCCAGAGCUUCUUGAAAGAUGUGCUAGCAGAGCGCAUCAACUCUCUCAUCGAGCACAAGGAUCUGAAUCUGGAAGUCAAUCCUCUGAAGGUGCGCCACAUUCUUGCGCAACGCCGUGUCCUGUUGCGCUCGCUGAUCGCUGCACCCUCCCGCUCCCGUCUUGCAGGUCUAUGAGCAAAUGUGCGCCCAGAUUGAGGAGGACACAGGCUCCUUGCCUCCUAACUUGCCCAAAGGUGUUCCACCUGAGGUCGCAGCGGAGAACGCAGAUGUGCAAGCGAUCAUCGCUCCUCGCUUGACUAUGCUCAUGGAGAUUGCCAACAGCUUCCUCCAGACGAUCAUCAAUUCCAUCGACGAGGUGCCGUAUGGUAUUCGAUGGAUCUGCAAGCAAAUUAGAAGUCUCACCAAGCGCAAGUAUCCCGAUGCAACGGACUUUGCAAUUUGCAGUCUCAUCGGUGGUUUCUUCUUCCUGCGUUUCAUCAAUCCCGCGAUUGUUACUCCGCAAGCGUACAUGCUUGUGGACGGGCCGCCAGCGAAGCAUCCAAGGAGGACACUGACGCUGAUUGCCAAGAUGCUGCAGAACUUGGCCAACAAGCCCUCAUACGCGAAAGAGCAGUACAUGAUGAGCCUCAACCCCUUUGUCGAAUCCAACAAGACGAGGAUCAACUCUUUCUUGAACUCACUCUGCGACGUGGCAGACUUUUACGAGACGCUCGAGAUGGAUCAGUACAUGGCCUUGUCCAAGAAGGACUUGCAGAUUCAGAUCACUCUCAACGAGCUGUACAACACCCACUCUCUCGUCGCGCAGCACGUCGACACCUUGGCGCCAAACGAGAAGCAUCACCUCCGAACGCUCUUGGCUGAGCUGGGUCCUUCGCCGGGACAAGUGCCUCGCAAGGAGAACCGCACUCUGGAGCUUCCUUUGUUCAGCCGGUGGGAGACACCGAUUCAGGAUCUCACGACCGCGUUCAUGUCGGAGAACAACGUCACUCAAAAUGACAUUCUGUACAUGGAGACCAAGUCGAUCUUUGUCCAGCUCAUCCGAUCCAUCCCACAAUUGGCGGAAAAGCGACCCAUCAACCUGCCCGCCAUCGCGGAGAGGGCGGCCACCACCAAAGACGCAACCCUUGUGCGCAAAGGUAUCAAAGUCAAAGAGAUGCUGCGUGAACUCGAGGAGCUCAAGGUGGUGGACAGACGAGAUGGCUACAGUCUCAUGACGGACGAAGUCGCGUCCGAGUUGGCGCACCUUGGCAAUAUGCGCGAAAAGGUCAUUCAGGAGAUGCGCAGCCUUGAAGCCGUCUACAAGACCAUCGUCGGACACAACAACUACUUGCGCUCUCAGCUCGACACCUACAAGUCUUACCUGCAGAACGUCCGCAUGACCAGUGGCGGUGGCAAGGACAAGGCGUCUGGCGGAGUCGGCGUGGUCAGCGUGGGUGGAAAGGAGAAGAAACCGCAAAAGAGCCAGAUGCUUGGCCCAUACCGCUUCACCCAUGCCCAAAUGGAGAAGGAUGGCAUCAUCGUCGAGUCAAACGUGCCCGAGAACAGGUGAGUCUAGGGAGUACGCUGUUCAGAUGCUCUCGUGAUCGUUACUGAUCUUGCUCUGCCUUCCUUUACAGGCGAGCCAACAUCUUCUUUAACAUCGCGUCUCCGUCGCCCGGCACCUUUAUCAUUGCGCUCCAUUACAAAGGCAGAGAAAAGGCCAUCCUGGAGAUGGAUCUCAAACUGGACGACUUGUUGGAGAAGCAAAAGGACGAUGUGCAGCUGCUCGACUUGGAGUACGUACAACUCAACGUCAACAAGAUUUUGGGUCUUCUCAACAAGACCUUUGCCAAGGGACGCAAAGCUUGA